GCUCAUAAAAAAAACAAAACAAAAAAAUAUCAAUAUCAAUAUAAUAAAAGCUUUUUCCUGCGAUAUUUAUCAGCGUGGAAAGAAAAACCAAAGCUGUUCUUUUGAUCUUCUUCAUAUUCAUCUUCAUCUUUAUCUUCUCGGAAACGCCAUGGCUAGGGCUACUGUCACCAUGGAGGUCGGAAACGACGGCGUCGCUGUCAUCGCCAUCUCGAAUCCGCCUGUUAACGCCUUGGCAAUUCCCAUCAUCGCUGGAUUGAAGGAAAAGUUCGAUGAGGCGACGAGGAGAAAUGAUGUGAGAGCUAUUGUUUUGACUGGCAAAGGAGGGAGAUUUUCGGGUGGGUUUGACAUUAACGUUUUCGAGAAAGUUCACAAGACCGGGGAUGUUUCGCUUAUGCCUGAUGUUUCUGUUGAUCUUGUGGUCAACGUGAUUGAAGAUUCCAAGAAACCAAUUGUUGCUGCCAUAGAAGGACUUGCUCUUGGAGGCGGCCUAGAAUUAGCAAUGGGAUGCCAUGCUCGUGUUUCAGCUCCCAGAGCUCAACUUGGCUUGCCAGAGCUUUCACUUGGUAUUAUUCCGGGGUUCGGAGGCACGCAGCGUCUUCCAAGGCUUAUUGGGCUGUCAAAGGCAGUUGAAAUGAUGCUGCCAAAAAAUUGUGUAGAGACAUAUUACAAUCUCUUUAACAGCCUCUGCCUAUCACCUGGCAACAUCAAGUCGUGCCACCUGUUUAUGACUAUGCUAGUAGCUGUAUUUUCAUUGCAGGAAGCAAGAGAUUUUAAGAAGUUGGUUCUAUCAGACACCUCAAAAGGUCUUGUUCAUGUCUUCUUUGCACAACGUGCGACGUCUAAGGUACCAAAGGUUACUGAUAUAGGGCUUAAACCAAGGCCCAUAAAGAAGGUUGCUAUCAUUGGAGGAGGUCUGAUGGGCUCCGGCAUAGCUACAGCUUUUAUUCUGAGCAAUAUUAGUGUUGUUCUCAAGGAAAUCAAUAAUGAAUAUCUUCUAAAGGGCAGAAAAAUGAUAGAAGCAAAUGUUCAGGUCUUGGUAUCAAAAGGGAAGCUCCCACGGGAUAAGGCAGACAAGGCACUCUCACUACUUAAAGGUGUUCUGGAUUACACAGAAUUUAGAGACGUUGAUAUGGUCAUAGAGGCUGUUAUUGAAAACAUCUCUCUUAAGCAAACAAUAUUUAGUGAAAUUGAGAAAGCUUGCCCUUCUCACUGCAUAUUGGCAAGUAAUACAUCUACCAUUGACCUUCGUCUAGUUGGGGAAAAAACAAGUUCACAAGAUCGCAUUUUGGGGGCACAUUUUUUCAGUCCCGCUCAUGUGAUGCCUCUCCUCGAGAUUGUGCGGACAGAGAAGACUUCACCACAAGUGAUUCUUGAUCUUAUGACGGUUGGAAAAAUCAUAAAAAAGGUUCCUGUAGUGGUGGGGAACUGCACCGGCUUUGCAGUUAAUCGAACUUUCUUCCCGUACUCGCAAGGAGCUCAUAUUUUGGUCAAUUUAGGUGUGGACGUUUUCAGAAUUGACAGGGUGAUCACCAAGUUUGGCCUCCCUCUGGGCCCAUUCCAACUUCAAGACUUAGCGGGAUAUGGAGUAUUUAUUUCAACUUCAAAAGAAUUUAUUAAUGCAUUCCCUGAGCGAACAUUUAAGUCACCAUUGAUUGAGCUCUUAGUGCAAAGCGGAAGAAAUGGUAAAAACAAUGGAAAAGGAUAUUACAUUUAUGAAAAGGGAAGCCAGCCAAAGCCCGAUCUGACAAUACUGCCAAUUAUCGAGGAGUCUCGGCAACUCACGAACAUUAUGCCAGGCAAAAAGCCCAUAUCUGUAACAGACCAAGAAAUUGUGGAGAUGAUACUCUUUCCUGUGGUGAAUGAGGCAUGCCGUGUUUUGGAAGAAGGAAUAGUUGUCCGAGCAUCAGACCUUGACAUUGCAUCUGUUCUUGGGAUGAGUUUCCCGUCCUACCGGGGUGGUAUUGUUUGUUGGGCAGAUAUGGUUGGACCUAGGCAUGUUUAUUCAAGUCUAAAGAAAUGGUCUGAAGCAUAUGGUGACUUCUUUAAACCAUCAAGGUAUCUGGAAGAACGAGCGACAAAAGGCAUACCGCUGAGUGAACCUUCUUCGUCAUCAGUGACUUCAAGGGCAAGAUUGUAAGCAACAAAAGCUCUCUGGUCCUCGACUUAAGUGGUUCUUAGGGUUGACGAGAUUGUGUUGUCUCUUCCUAAUAAUAUAGUUAAAAUAAAUGCUAUCAGAAUUCACUCCAAAGAUGUACACUCUUAUAUUAUCUACCUCUUGAGAAGGCUGUUCUGUAAAAUAUACUAUUGGGAAGUGUAUUAGAGCAUCUCCAAGUUAAA